AAAUGCAUCAGAGACUGCGCUGUUUCCCCUGCAGUUUUUGAUGCAGAUGCAUGUUUUUGUGGCGGUGUACGGCUUCCCCACACCGGACGGCCUUCGACAGUUACAGACCUCACACCAGAGGCUGAAAGAGAGCUAAUAAUAAUCGAUUGCUUUACUAGAUCUGUAUAUUUUAUACUGGCCCGGGUUGAGGAAUACAUGACAUGAACUUCCUUAUUAUUGGCGAAAGUGCCACGGCCCAAUUCCUCUCAUGGAGAUUGACCAUUGCAGGAAAACAGGUGUUUGUUGUAUCUGACCAUUCGCUACCUGAUGGCUCCAUAAGCUGGAAUUCCACCCGGUUCGGCGGACAGAGCGUUUACCGACCAACCCAAGUGGCAGCCACCUUUGAAGAUAUGUCUGUCAGAUUGAAGAACGCCAAGUGCCAUGUGGAUAUUGCCAUUCUUAGUGCCAACACAAAUGCAGAAUUGGGGCCCGCGUGUGUUUCAAUUAGGCCCUUUUUAACCAAAGAUUCCCUAGUUUUGUUUGAUACUUCAGCUCUGGUUGCGAUCGAGAGUAAAAUCUCGCAAAGCUUUGGGCUCUGCCCUGUUCUAGGAAUCUCCAGCGCAUUACAAGCCCGACGGAUCGGAAGGGGGGUCUAUUUUAUGCUCAGCGAGGAUGUGACGACAGUUAUUGGGUUUUCCGGCCCCGUCGACCUAGCUCCAAAGCAUACCAAUGAGCAUUUGAAGGGAAAAUCAGCCACGGGGAAAAGAAUAAUGCAGAUGGUGAAAGACCUCGAGUCUGUUGGGGUAGGUCCUGUAUCUCUCCUUCCUUUUACCAAGGACAAUAAUCCAUUGUUGACGCAUACGUGGCAUGAAAUUGUCCACAAGGUGUGCUUCGAAAUGAUGGCGGUAGUGUUUGAGCAACCAGAUUUAAAUAUUCUCAUGCAGAGCCCUGUACACCAUGAUAUAAUCUUGCGGUUACAAAACGAGCUUCUUCAGCUUGCUCGGAAAAUGGACUUGGAAGGAUUUCCGGAACCAACCAUGCCGCUUUCUGGCCAGUUCUUAGAGGCUCAAGUUCGAAAAUUUAUCCGCUUGUACCCAGCCCAGAAACACCCGCAAAAUGGCGAGUUGGGGUUACCUCCACAUGCUAUGAGCUGUCCCAGUUACUUCUCGAUGGUCCACGGCCACGCACUAAAUCUUCCGUUGACCAUACAUACGGUCUUGGCGUUGGCCGAGCGGUUGAACGUCCCUACACACACUUUACUUGAUAUGCUGGCUAUGCUUCUGCGAAUCCUCGAAUUGAGCAGUGGGGUUGAUGCUCAGGGCACGAGCAAGAAAUCUGAGCUCUUUCAACGAAUCCCCACUUCCCAGUUGGGCCCACCAUUGGAGAAAUUCAGUAGUCCGAGCCAAGACUCAUCGAUGGAGGAUUUAAGGAGCUUACUCGUGGGGACGGAAGUUUUGAUUUUUGGCGAAGACGGAAACUAUAUAAAGCCAGAUUCGGUGGCCGUCCCACACCCAAAUCCACCCAUCCAGUUUUCAAAUUCUGGUUUCAACGGGCAACCGCCGUCCAUGCCCACGGAACAGCUAAAUUCCUUGACAGCUUUCCAGAAGCACCAGAUAUUUAUGAUGCAAACCCUCCAGAUACAACAAAAACAAAUGAUGGAUUCGUUUCAGCGGAUGGGCAAAAGUCCUAUCGUUGGCACCCAGAGCUUGAGAGGAAUUCCCCAAAGAGUGAAAUCACGGGUUCCGCGUGAUGCCUAUAAGGUUAAAGGUACGAGUGAGAAGCGUAUCUAUGAUAGCUUUUCGUCCUCCUUUCAAGAUUCCAGUAGGUAUGGGGUAGUGGAUUCUGUGGCCAACAUCCAGAGAAGUAGGGACCGUGGUUCGCCAAGUUUGUAUUCAAACUACGGUUCGCCGUCCCUACACUCUGCGAGGUUUUUCUCAGGUCAUGUGCGAGGUUCGAGCACCCCGGAUCCAUCACAACUAGGAGUGGUAUCUGCCACUAAUGACAGCAUAAGUGCGACUGAGCCUCAGCCCUCUUCCCGUACGCUGUCGUCAAGACUUAACUCCAUCAUCUCUGGGGGUAACAUGACCACUCCACAAGCUGCCUAUGAGACUCCAUUCUCGUCCACCAGUUCAAUAAUAGACGAGGAAGAUAUUAGCACUUUAUUGAAAAAGGAAAAGCUACAAAAGGCAACGACUGAGGGAAAGUGAGCGAUGCUGGCCUAUGGUCAGGAUUUUGAACGGUUACGGCGUUUAUCUCUAUCACCAAAUGUGAGUUUGCGCCAUCUAUAGUUUAUAUUAAGACAAGCGAAUACAAAACUUUAACCAAUACGGACAACA